CUCUGUGUAGUUUAGAUGUCGAGCUUUAGGAUAUGGGAGAGUCAGUGCGGCUCCUGUUCCGUCCAGCAGUGAAUAAUGUCUUAAAGAGAAAACACAUUUGUUGAAUCUGUGUAAUAUUUUGACCGCAUGGGUUUCGGAGAACUUGCUGUUCGGUUUGCUUUAAUUGUCAUUUCCUGUCCGUUAGCAGUUUACUCGAAUACCAGCUGACUAAAAGUGACCGGCGUCAACAUUUCUGCUGCAGGACGGAAGAGACGGAAAAGUAGCUCAACAAGCAGGACACUGGGAUUUUACUGAAAAACUGCGUGUUUUAUAUAUCACAUGAUAGAUAAACAUGACAGUUGCUUAUUCCGAGUAAGUUCAUCAUAAGUGUUUACAGUUUAAAAUCAGUGUUAUUGUUAGUUUACUAGCUGGUAGGCCUGCUGAAGAAUUCUUUCCAGUCUGACUGUGAUUAGCUAGGCUAAGCUAAGCUAAGCUAAGCUAAGCUAGCUGGUCACACUGGAUUGUUUUGGCCAGGAGGGCUGGUGUAGCUUCCUUAACUUCUGCUCUUCUUCUUCGCCGCUGGCGGCUGUUUUGCUUAAAUAUUAACGCCCGUCCAGCUCGCUCAUGGCUACAGAUGCGACCGAGAGUGAAGGGAGUUUAAACAGAACGGACAAAAAUAAUGCGGUUAUUAAUAAGAGCAGUGGUGAAUCAGACACACCCGGAAUUAGUGCGACGCUGGAAAACAAGUCAAGUCGCGUCGCUGAACAAGGAACUGCCGAGAGCGCAGUAACAGCGGACUGCACAGCCACAGAGCGAAUGAUUUCUUUGGAUAAUGGUGAUCGACCUCCCCAACCAAGUCCGAGCAAAACAGAAGGAGUGCAAGAAAGUUCACACAAAGGGCAAAGUGGGGAGUCGACACUCUGCAGCUCCCCAGUGAAGCUUCCGCACGCGCACUCUGGGCUGGAACACAAUGGCAGUUUUGAUCGACAGGAGUCAGUCAACACAACAGAGGCUCGACUGCGAAUGGAAGGAAUGGAGUUUAAAGAAGAGUGGCAAGAUGAGGACUUCCCCAGACCACUACCUGAAGAAGGGGAGAUUCAGCUUGAUGAACAUCUCUUCAGCCACACACUUGGAGAGGAAGAUUCUGGUCCACAGGAUGAAUCGACCAAUGCCAAGAACACAAAACGGAGAUUGUUGGCCCCAGAUAUCAGUCUGAACCUCGAUCGUAGUGAGGGCUCGGUGCUUUCCGACGAGCUGGAUGAAAGCACAGAGUUGGACCUGGACGGCAUGGACACCCCAUCAGACAACAGCAAUGAAUUUGAAUGGGAAGAUGAUCUCCCAAAACCCAAAAGCACUGACAUGCUGCAAAAAGGUGUGGAAUCAGUGACCGAAUAUUCAGCCUAUGACGAGCGCGAAGAUGGCCGACGCUGGAGGAUCUUUCGUAUUGGGGAGCAGGACCACCGAGUAGAUAUGAGGGCCAUUGAGCCCUACAAAAGGGUCAUCAGUCAUGGUGGUUACUAUGGAGAUGGACUAAAUGCUAUUAUCGUCUUUGCUGUUUGCUUUAUGCCCGAGAGCAAUCAACCAAACUACAGAUACAUCAUGGACCAUCUUUUCAAGUAUGUAAUAGGCACUCUGGAGCUGCUGGUGGCUGAGAAUUACAUGAUCGUGUACUUGAAUGGUGCCACCUCACGCCGAAAGAUGCCCAGUGUAGGCUGGCUGAGGAAGUGCUAUCAACAGAUAGACCGGAGAUUAAGGAAGAAUCUGAAGUCUUUGAUUAUUGUCCAUCCCUCUUGGUUCAUUCGCACACUCCUGACCAUCACAAAACCUUUUAUAAGUUCCAAAUUUAGCCAAAAAAUAAAGUUUGUGUACAGUCUGGCAGACCUCGCUGAACUUGUGCCAAUGGAAUAUGUGUCGAUACCAGAUUGCAUCAAGCAGUUUGAUGAAGAAAAAAAUAGGAAAACCCGUAAAAGAUACAGAUUUGGAUGCUGACCUCAUUUCCACAAUGUAAAGUGUAGACUGAAUGGAUUGACCAAGAAAUGCAUGGCAAAGGGGAGAUGGGAGGUGCAGAGUGAGGGUGAAGAGGAAAGAAGAGUUGGAUGAAAAUAGAGUGGGUUUUUAUGUGUCUCUCAGCUGGGGAAAUAAGUAUGUGCCUUCCACGACUCUAUUGCCUAUUACAUGGUGGGACUUUUAUUCUGUAUUGUAUUAGUGUGCCAAACACAAGUUGAAAUCUCAUUGCUGUGCUUCAAGUAUUUUUAUAAUCAUACAUGUAUAAAUUCGGAGGCAGUUGUCAUUGUUGUCAAUAAUUUCUGUUGCUUCUUCCUGAUGUUCAAGGCACUUGGUUUUCAAGUUAGGUGAUGCAUGUUCUAUUACUUUACAUUUAAAAUAUAUUUAUAUUAUAAUGGUGAUAAAGGAGAAAAGAUUAAUAUAUAUCUAUAUAUGUCUAUAAAUAUAAUUGUUUUUUUGCAUUGGACAGUCCUUUAUGGUGUUACUUUGAAUUAUUGAAAUCUCACAUCAUAAUUGUUACUUGUUAUAAGACAUGCUGUAUGAGGAAAGUAUUGUACUUUGGAACAAUCCUCAAGAAAUGGAUUACUUUAUAGUCACAUAUUGUGUUGAUCUCUGUUGUAUACAUUUGGGAUGGGUGUUCAGUGUGUGUUAUGUUCUUGCAAGUAAAACUUUAACAAUACAAGAAAUGUCUUCCUCUUUUCUAAAGUGAUUAUGUCCCAGCAGCAAACAGCAGUUACUUUAGUAUAUAAAGCAGGUCUUUAUUAAAGUUAUUACAUUUGGAAUAUUUAUUAUAUUAAGACAUUACAUUGAUAACCACUUUUCACCAAAUAAUCAUACACUCAGUUUGAGUCUUUGGUUAUGAAAGAAUGUACACAUCACAGUUUUAGCAGUUUUGUCUAAUGCCAACUCUCUAACUCUUGGUGGUGGUUGAUAGUUUUGUUGUCCCAUUUUUUUUUUUGUUUUUGUUUUUAUUUUUUAAGUGAUCUGGGAAAUAAAAUUAUUAAAUUAACUGUAGAAUUUUAGGUGGACUGAUAAUGCUGAAAACAUUAACUUACAAUCAAGUCAUCUUAAAUUUGCUAAAUAUAUUUUGACAAUUUUCACACUAAAUAAUUAAAGUAGCACUUUGCUUAAUCCCCUUGGCUUUUAGAUUAUUCUCAUGUGUUUGGAAUUGUUUCAUUAUUCAUUUUGCAGUGAAAAUAGUAAUAUUAAAGGUCAUUCUCUCACUGCAUGAAAGUAUGAUUAUUUUUUUUUUUGUUUUUGUUUUUUUGUCUGGUUUUUGGUCUGCCUGCUUCUGUAGCAUUACCUUAAAUAUUUUUACUUUUAUCAAUAUAAAUUUUGAUUUAGAUUUUGGUCUUUGUGUAAUUUACCCCCCUGUGAUGAUCACUAACUUCAGCUAAUCAUCUUCAUCUGUCAUCAGUCAAAUUGCCUUAUUUUCUCUGUGAUGUAUUGAAAUGUUGCGAACAAUGUUGCUGCAUCGUUGCGCUGCUGAAGCAGCAUGAGAUAAAUGCCCCUUGGAUUGUUCUCUGUUAAACAGAUCAGACCAACGAAUGUACCACCUGUUUGCUGUUAAUUCUGAUCUUCUGUUGUAUGUUUAAAAGCGCAAUAAUACUAAUAAACAAGUACUAUUA